GUAAUGCCAUGAUGAAUUACCGCAGUAGGUACUGAGUAUUGCUUGGACCCCGUCCAAAGGGUAUUAUAUAAUCAAAUAAAUACGGGGGCAAACAAAUUAUUGGCAUGUCAAGAGUCAUUGCAGCAUUUAGACCGUUCCUGCAACUUGAUUCAGUGGUAGCCAGCUGUUUCUACACAUAGAUAAUCAGGCACAACAAUGGACAACAAUGACUAGCUUUGACAAAGAUGACGAGAUCAACUCAGUUAUCAGUCGAAUCAGAUUUCGAUUUUAAGGGCCAGUUAUCUCCAUCUAUCUCCGAAUCACCAAAAGAAGUCGUCGACGUAUGGCACGGAUGAUGUCACCCUCCAUCCGGACGGCCCCUCCGGAUCCCGAAAAUUGUCGGCCCCGAUGAUCUUCGGGGUCCCGACGAUUAGUCGGAACCGCCUCAGUUAGAAAAUAUCCCUGGUAUAUAAGGAGGGGGAGACGAGAACGAGGAGAUGAUUACCCAGCCAGAUCUCACCACAAUGGCACCACCCCCGGAGAAGACCACCUUCCUCUCCCGCGGCAUCAAAAUCGCCGGCCUAAUCUACAAACCCGCCCCCAACGCCCCCGACCGCUCCGGCGCCGCCGUCAUCAUCUGCCACCCCUGGACCUCCAUCAAGGAGCAGUCGCCGGCCAACUACGCCCGCGUCCUCGCCUCGGCGGGCUUCGCCUGCCUCACCUACGACGCCGCCUACCAGGGCGAGUCGGGCGGCUCGCCGCGCGACCUCGAGGACCCGGCGCAGCGCGUCGAGGACAUCAAGAGCGCCGUCACGCACCUCGCGACCGGCGCCGCCGCCGCCGCGGGCGUCGACGCGGCCGGGAUGAUCGGCGUGCUGGGCAUCUGCGCGUCGGGCGGGUACGCGGCGCACGCGGCGCAGGCGGACCUGCGGGUGCGCGCCGUCGCGACCGCGGCCGCCGUGUGCGUGGGGACGAUGGCGCGGCGCGGGCUCGACAAGGACACGGCCGGCCCCGAGACGUUGAGGGCGCAGCUGGAGGCGGCGGCGAGGGACCGGGAGUCGGACGUGACGGGAGACAAGGUCGACGUCGUGCACCUGCUGCCCGAGAAGUACGAGGACGCGGCGGGCCUGCCCGAGUCGUUCCGGGACCUGGCUUCGUACUACCGCACGCCGAGGGCGUGCCACCCGCGGGCGACCAAUACGUGCUUGCCGAGGAGCUGGGACAUGAUGGCCAACUUCGAUGCGUUCGCGCAUAACGACAUGAUCAGCCCGAGGCCGCUGCUGAUGAUCACGGGGAGCAAGGCGGCGACGAAGUGGUACAGCGAGGACGGGGUUGCGAAGGCCAAGGAGCCGAAGGAACUGUUUGUCGUCGACGGCCUGACCCACGCGGAUCUGUAUGACAACGUUGAUGUGUCUGGGGCGAAGCUCGUCGAAUUCUUUGGAAAGUACUUGGUCUGA